AUGGAUCAGCCAAUCGUUCUCGAUCAGGGUACCGGUUUUGUUAAGAUUGGAAGGGCCGGAAAGAACUUUCCAGACCAUACCUUUCCUUCGAUAGUUGGAAGACCAAUUUUAAGGGCUGAGGAGCGCACGGGAGACAUUGAAAUCAAGGAUAUCAUGUGCGGAGACGAAGCAUCCGCUGUGAGAUCUGCUCUGCAAAUAUCUUAUCCAAUGGAGAACGGAAUCAUCAAAAAUUGGGAAGACAUGGAACACCUAUGGGAUUAUGCAUUUUAUGAAAGAAUGAAGAUUGACACAACAGGACAGAAAGUGCUAUUGACCGAGCCACCCAUGAACCCACUGAAAAACAGGGAAACGAUGUGCGAUGUGAUGUUUGAGAAAUACAAUUUUGGCGGAGUCUACGUUGCUAUCCAAGCGGUUCUUGCUCUAUAUGCUCAGGGUCUCUCUUCCGGAGUUGUGGUCGACUCGGGAGACGGUGUCACACACAUUGUUCCCGUGUACGAGUCAGUUGUUCUGAACCAUCUAACUAGAAGGUUAGAUGUCGCCGGUAGAGAUGUCACCAGAAACCUCAUUAACCUACUACUUAGAAGGGGAUACGCAUUCAACCGAACGGCAGACUUUGAAACCGUUAGACAGAUCAAAGAGAAGCUUUGCUACGUCUCGUACGAUUUGGAUUUCGAUACAAAACUAGCCAAUGAAACCACAGUUUUGGUGGAGAAUUUUGAACUACCAGAUGGAAGAGUGAUCAAGAUCGGUUCCGAGAGAUUUGAGGCCCCAGAGUGUUUGUUCCAACCAUCUCUGACCGAUAUAGAACAACCGGGUGUUGGAGAAUGUUUGUUCAACACAAUUCAGUCUUGUGAUGUUGACAUUAGAUCAACGCUUUUCAAGUCUAUCGUCCUCAGUGGAGGAUCAUCAAUGUAUCCCGGUCUACCUUCAAGACUCGAGAAAGAACUGAAACAACAAUGGUUUACGAAGGUUCUGAAAGGCGACGCUUCCAGACUCGACAAGUUCAAAGUCAGAAUUGAAGAUCCACCGAGAAGGAAACACAUGGUCUUUAUUGGUGGUGCCGUCUUGGCAAACAUCAUGGCAGACAAAGACCACAUGUGGAUCAGCAAACAAGAGUGGGAAGAACAAGGACCUAGAGUUUUGGAAAAACUGGGCCCAAGAUAA